UCUAGGGUCGCUACGCAGGCUAGUGAUAUCCUGAAAACACUUGAUUGAGGAAGCCACCAAGGGGUGGAGGGGGUGUUGCGGUUUUUCCUCUCACUUGUGUCUGUACAGCUCCCCAUGCAUUCCGUAACAUCACAUGACUUCAAAAUGGCGGCUGUGAGAGCUUUUGCAGCGGUUUGGAUAUCUAUCUUUUGGGUCACUGGCAUAAACUGUAAACACGACCAUCCAGUUCCAACUUAUUUCGGCAAACUGCAUCCUAAUGGAACUAUUGUUGAUGCUCGAAACCCGGCAAAUAAGCUUAGGUUCUCCUUUCCACCGAAAUCGAUUACAACUCAAGAUUCUACUGCUGAUUUGAAAGUGUCACCUUCAUCAGAGAUCAAAAACGGCGAGGAGGUGAACGUGAUGUGGUCUGGAGUUACAUCUCCGAAUAAAGAAGAUGUUGUUGUUCUUUACUGUCCACCAGAUGCCGAACCCGAACGUUAUUUAGACUAUGUCAAUGUUAGCACUAUAGCUACUUACCCUAAAGGUUAUGGCGAGUUUAGGGUUCGACUUUGGAAUGUAAGGAAGGAUUGUGUAUUCAGAUACUUCCGGAUUGGUAACUACUCAUUGCUUGCAGUAGAAAGCAAUCUUGUGACUUUCAAAGGAGGAGCAGAGAUGCCAUUGCAAGGCCACCUUGCACUCACAGGCAACCCUACAGAAAUGAGAGUUAUGUGGGUGUCUGGCUCUACAGAAUUAUCCAUUGUAAAAUAUGGGACUGACCCAUCAGCCAUGGUGAUCAUGGUGGGAAAUGUUAGUAAAACCUACACUGCUGCUGACAUGUGCAAUGCACCUGCCAAUGAUGUCAAUAUCUUUGUUGAUCCUGGCUUUAUUCAUGAUGUUCUACUGACAGACCUCACACCAGGAACCAGAUAUUACUACUCUUAUGGUUCAAUGAAGAUGAUGAGUCCUAUUCAGCAUUUCAAUACAGCCCCCCCUGUUGGCUCUGCAAGUAAGUUUACUGCCCUGGUUUAUGGAGACAUGGGGAUAUCCCCAAUCCCACGGGCAUACAAGACAGCAGAUUAUGCUACUGAGGAAGCUAAUAAUGGAACUGCAGCCUUUGUAAUUCACAAUGGUGAUAUAUCUUAUGCUCGAGGAUAUGCCUACAUUUGGGAACAGUGGCAUGCAAUCAUUGAGCCAUAUGCCACCAUAAUACCAUAUAUGGUGGGUAUUGGGAAUCAUGAGCAGGAUCACGUGAAGGGAGGAUCCAAGGACCCCAGUGGGGCCCCAGGAGAAGGCUUUCAUCCUUGGUGGUCAGGGGGGUGGGGUCAUGAUUCAUUUGGUGAAUGUGGGGUUCCAAUGUUCUACCGUUUCCACAUGCCUGAUAAUGGAAAUGCAGUGUGGUGGUACAGCUUUGAUUAUGGCAGUAUCCACUUCACGAUGAUGAGCACAGAGCAUAACUUCACACAAGGAUCUCGUCAGUAUGAAUGGAUAGAACAAGACUUGAAGAGUGUCAACCGCUCUCUCACCCCUUGGUUAGUAAUCGCAGGCCACAGAGCAAUGUACACAAGUCAGAAAGUGGAGGUGGAUUACAUUGUAUCCCUGGGCUUGCAACUAGCACUAGAUUCCCUAUUGUAUAAGUACAAAGUUGAUCUGGCUUUCUGGGCUCAUUAUCACAGCUAUGAGCGCACGUGUCCUGUAUACCAGCAUCAAUGUACACCAGGAGCACCUGUGCACAUCGUCGUAGGGACGGCAGGGAAGGAGUUGGAUACAGAAGAUUAUUUUCCUGUGAGCUGGUCCUUGUAUCACGAAAAUGACUAUGGAUACGGCCGGCUGACUCAGGCAAAUCGGUCUGCACUGCUCUGGGAAUGGGUUGAGAAUACAAGCGGAAAGGUCAAAGAUCACGUUUGGUUGACAAAGUGAUAAUCAUUUUCAUUGUGAGCCAACCCUAGUUCGGUUUAAAAAGAACAAUAAUGUGUGAACAGAGCAGACUUAAAGCUGUAUUGUUAAAACUGAUUUACCAUUAUAUCUCAGUAGAAAAAUUUGCACUUUAGUAGCACUGUAUAGACUUUAAUUUGGUCAAUACUGUCUUUUGGGAUUGAUUUAUAAUGGUAGUUAAACUGAGUGGAAUGCAAUCUGGUGUGAAAAUCAUACGUGUUUUUAAAAUCCAACCAGCGCGCAGCGCGUAUUUGAAUUGAAAUCAUAAGUACGAAUUUAGAUCAAAAUUGCACUCCACCCAGUUCAAUUAACACUUAAUUACAUCCCUUUUGAAAUCGCAAAACUCAUUCGCUCAAGCACAGGAUUUUUUAGUGUGUACAAAUAGUUUAUUGAUUCAGUACUGAGCUGGUUGGUUUGAAGCUGCAAAAGUUCUCUUUCCUUUUUCCUCUAUUAUUAUUGGUUUCUUUGAAAAGGCCUUGAAAUCUGAUCGGUUGUAUUACAGUAAAGGUUUCUCACUGGCUGGGAAAAGAUGUGAUUUCAAACAAAAAAUGCUGGGAUUCCUGAAUAAAUCGUACCAAUGAGAGCCAAUAAGAUUGCAAGGAUCACCAGUGAUUUCAAAAUGGAUGUAAUAAAAGAGAGAACUAACAGGAUUUCUCCUAAAUUAACAACUGACAAUCUGUUUUAAGACAGACAACCAGAUUUUGAGCAUAAGUAGAUUAAUCAUGCCGAUUAAUUCUGCCGAUUGAGUUAACCUAUGCAAUAUCCAGAACACACCGAGGUGGGUUUUCAGAGACAUGUGAGUUACCAAUAUUAAAGCGAGAGGUUCUUCCUCUGACGGCCCCAAUUAGUUUAGUUGAAUUGAGAAGGACACUAAGCCUCUAAUGUGUGACGCAGAAAUUGCUUUUCUGAAACAUAAUACUAGAACGUAACAAUGUAUUAACUUUUCUGUCCAA